AUGCUGUUAAAGAACAAAGAUCCGAGUUCAUUGUUGAAUAUCCAGCAUGAUUUUAUUAUGAAUAAGAUAAAGCUGGUUCAGCAAUCAGGUCAGUUGUACAAUUUAAUUAUUGACGACAAAAUUGAAGCCGUACUAUAUAAUGUCAUUAAGAAAGAACAAUUAUUACGUAUCGUGGCCUCCAUUGAAAAAAUUGAUGCAAAGAGAAGACAAAGUACUUUUAUGACUGCAAUUUAUUUGCUUGAAGUUGAUAUCUAUAAUUUAAAAUGCAUUCUUGGUGAUGUUACAACCAAAAAAUAUAAAAAUGGUAUUGCAUUAUUUCCAAGUUAUCAAAAGGAUCACAAGACUGAAAAUUUCUGGAUAAACAAGUUCUGGAACCAACCAAAUGUUUUAAACUAUUUUAAUGAGAAUAUUGAGUUUUUCAAUACAAAUUAUUUUCCUUUAGAGACAAGAGUAUUUUUGGUAGACAAUUCGACAUCAAAUUCCAUGCCUAUUUAUUAUAAUCCAAAUUGUAUUGAAUAUAUUACACCUCAAAUUCAAAUGGUUGCCAAUGCAUUGUUGAAUUUAGUGGUAUCCAUGGAAGAAUACCCCUUGAUUCGUUUUUAUCAUCCUCAAGAAGGUGAAUAUGAUGCAAAAAGAUUACCCGAAUUAAUUGCCGAUGCCUUCCAAACAAAAUUAGAUGAUUAUUGUCGAUUAAAUCAAAACUAUCCACCACCAUCUGUGGCAAACAAACCAAGAGCAAUAUUGUUGAUUACUGAUCGAACUAUGGAUUUAUAUGCUCCUUUGUUGCAUGAAUUCACUUAUCAAGCCAUGGCGUAUGAUAUUGUGGAAAGUUUGGAAAGAACUGGUAAAUACAAGUACAAAUCAGAAAAUGAAAAGGGUGAAAUUAGUGAUGUGGAGGCUAGUUUGGAAAAUGAAAAUGACGAAGAUUGGGUUAAUUUAAGACAUUUACACAUUAUAGAAAGUUCUGAGUUGAUUUUUAACAAGAUUAGUGAUUUAAUCAAGAAUAAUCCAUUGAUGGUUGAUAGAUCAAAAGCUACAACAUCAUCGGAUUUGAUGCAUAUUGUUGCUCAUUUGAAAGGAUUUGAUGAAGAAAGAUCUCAAAUUGAAACUUCAUAA